GCGAUGGUGAGGCCGUAAGCCGUUAAGAUUUAAAAUGUUUCAAAUAUUCAAAAAAAUUAUCAAAUCCCCUUGACUAUAUAAACGCGGCAAUCGCACCUCUUGAAUUUCUGAACAUUCUGGCGCAACCGCCAAUCCCUUCCUUCCUCCGCCGCCGCCGCACAAUUCUUCUCUCCUCCCACCGGCCGCCGAUUUCUGAUCAUCGCCCGCCGUCCACCUUUCCAUCUUUUCGCUCUCUCUUCCUUAUCCCGAUUUUCGGGAGCCGCAGAAUUCGAAUCUUUUCUUUUUUCGCCUCCUUUCCCCCUUUUUCCCCGCUUUCCCCCAUUUCUUCGAUUUGUUCGGCGGCACUGCAGAAACCCUAGUUAGUAUCCGACUGUCACUUCACCUCCGUUAUCUCGCUAUCCGCUCUUCCCCUCCGUGAUUCACCGUCGUCGAUAGCCAAGAUUUGUUUCCUUUAGAGGAACCGAUGAGCUCGAUACGUGAGAAUGGUGGUGGGGCGAGGGGUGAUGAUGAUUUGAAGGCGCCUCUACUGCAGCCUGCUUCUGGUGGUGCUGUUGCGAUUACUGUCCCUGCUGCUGGACAGAACAGUAAAGCUGCUACUGCUGUGGAUAAGAAGGUUCGAACUGCAAAGUUCAAGAUAGGAGACAUCAAAUGCACGUCUUGCACUGGGUCUAUCGAGUCUGUGCUCAAGGAGCUAGAUGGAGUUCAAACUGUGGCGAUAUCUGUUCUGGAUGGCCAUGCUGCUGUCACUUAUGUGCCAGAGCUCACCACUGUUGAGAAGAUUAAGGAAACAAUUGAAGAUGCUGGGUUCCCGGUGGAGCAUCUUUCGGAGCAGGACAUAGCAGUAUGUAGGCUCAAGAUUAAGGGAAUGAUGUGUACCAGCUGCGCCGAGUCAGUCGAACGUGCUCUUCUGAUGAUCGAUGGAGUUAAGAAGGCAGUGGUUGGUCUUGCUCUGGAAGAAGCAAAAGUCCAUUUCGAUCCAAACGUCAUAGAUAUUGCAGGAAUCAUUGAAUCCAUUGAAGAUUCUGGCUUUGGAGCUGUGCUCGUCAGUUCUGGUGCCGAUGUGAACAAAGUGCAUCUAAAACUUGAAGGUUUUGAAUCCUUGGAGGACUGUAAGCAGAUUCAAUCUUUGCUGGAGUCAGCACAAGGUGUUAAUCAUGUUGAAAUGGACUUGGAUGAACAUAAGUUAACUAUCAACUAUGAUUCAGCCAUUACUGGGCCGAGAUCUCUCAUACAGCUGAUUGAAGAGGCUUCCCCUAGUCCCAACAUGUACCAUGCUACACUAUACGUCCCACCCAGGCAAAGGGAAAAUGAUCAGCUUCAUGAAACUCAGAUGUAUAGAAACCAAUUUCUGUGGAGCUGCAUUUUCUCUGUUCCGGUAUUCCUGUUUUCCAUGGCACUCCCUAUGUUUCAUCCUUAUGGAAACUGGUUGAGCUAUAAGCUUUACCACAAUCUCACUGUUGGCAUGCUCCUUAGGUGGAUUCUAUGCACCCCUGUGCAGUUCAUUGUUGGUAGAAGGUUUUACGUGGGAGCGUACCAUGCAUUGAGAAGAAAAUCUGCCAACAUGGACGUUUUGGUCGCGUUAGGCACUAAUACUGCAUACUUCUACUCUGUGUACGUAAUCAUAAAAGCCACCACAGCCGAAAAUUUUGAAGGCCAGGAUUUUUUUGAAACGAGUGCCAUGCUGAUAUCUUUUAUACUCUUGGGGAAGUAUCUCGAGGUUGUCGCUAAAGGCAAGACAUCAGAUGCUUUAGCAAAACUCACAGAACUUGCUCCUGAAACUGCCUGUCUGCUAACUUUAGACACUGAUGGGAGUGUUAUUUCGGAGGAGGAAAUUAGUACGCAACUUAUACAGCGGAAUGACAUAAUCAAGAUUGUUCCCGGUGCGAAAGUAGCUGUUGAUGGAGUUGUUGUAGAUGGACAAAGCCAUGUUAAUGAGAGCAUGAUCACUGGAGAGGCAAGGCCUGUUGCCAAACGACCUGGUGACAAGGUAAUUGGUGGUACAGUAAAUGAGAAUGGUUGCAUACAUGUUAAAGCUACUCAUGUAGGGUCUGAGGCUGCACUUUCCCAAAUUGUUCAACUGGUAGAGGCUGCUCAGCUAGCUAGGGCACCUGUUCAGCAACUAGCUGACCGAAUCUCUCGGUAUUUUGUUCCCACGGUAGUCGUUGUUGCUUUCAUAACAUGGCUAGUAUGGUUCAUAGCUGGGGAAGUUGGUCUUUACCCUCGAAACUGGAUACCGAAAGCCAUGGACAAGUUUGAGCUGGCCCUGCAGUUCGGCAUAUCAGUACUGGUGAUUGCCUGUCCUUGUGCUUUGGGGCUCGCAACACCAACAGCUGUUAUGGUUGCAACUGGAAAGGGUGCUUCCCAAGGUGUCCUUAUCAAGGGAGGAGAUGCCCUUGAGAAGGCACAUAAGGUGAAGACAGUAGUCUUUGACAAGACAGGGACGUUGACAGUGGGGAAACCACAGGUGGUCAGUGCUGUCCUCUUCUCCAAUUUCUCAAUGGAGGAGUUCUGCGACUUGGCUACAGCUGCAGAGGCGAACAGCGAACACCCUAUAGCGAAGGCCGUGGUCGAUCAUGCCAAGAGAUUUCGACACAAGAUUGGAUCGAACCCGGAUCAUAUCCCCGAGGUGAAAGACUUUGAGGUCCACACUGGAGCUGGAGUGACCGGGAAAGUGGGCGAGAGAAUGGUCCUUGUUGGGAACAGAAGGCUUAUGCGGACAUCUGAGAUCACACUGGGGCCAGAGGUGGAGAAAUACAUCUUCGAAAACGAAGAGUUGGCUAGAACGUGUGUGCUGGUCGCCAUUGAUGGGAAGAUGGCUGGAGCUUUUGCAGUGACCGAUCCCGUGAAGCCAGAGGCUCAACGUGUGAUCUCUUUCCUUCGUUCCAUGGGGAUCACUAGCAUCAUGGUGACAGGGGAUAACAGGGCAACCGCCGCAGCCAUCGCCAGAGACGUCGGAAUUGAUUACUUUUUCGCCGAGACCACCCCGGUUGGGAAGGCUGAUAAGAUCAAGGAUCUACAGGGGAAAGGGGAGAUAGUGGCGAUGGUGGGAGACGGGAUCAACGACUCGCCGGCGUUAGUGGCGUCCGACGUAGGGAUGGCGAUCGGAGCAGGGACCAACGUGGCCAUAGAAGCAGCCGACAUAGUCCUGAUCAAGAGCAACCUGGAAGACGUUGUCACGGCCAUAGACUUGUCCAGGAAGACCAUUGCGCGCAUUCGGAUGAACUACGUGUGGGCGCUUGGUUACAACGUCCUCGGCAUGCCGAUCGCCGCCGGGAUCCUUUACCCGUUCACCGGGAUCCGGCUGCCCCCCUGGCUCGCCGGUGCAUGCAUGGCCGCUUCGUCGCUCAGCGUGGUCUGUUCUUCGCUGCUGUUGCAGUCGUACAAGAAGCCUUUGCAUGUUAGAGAGGGCUGACUGGCAAAAUUGUAAUUUUUGGGUCUUUGUUUGAUCUAAAAAUAUUGUUAUAUUAGGAUUUGGCUUGUUUGCAUUCGGUACAUACCACCAUUAAUAAAGGACAGCAGUAGUGUGUGCCUGACAAAGUGAUUGAGGUCCAUUUUGGAAACAAAUUAGGCCAAUAUUAUGGUGCCGCUAUAAAAACUGUGGCACCGGUGACGCUGAUUUUGAUUGGGCCACAUAGAGCUGAUGUGGUAUCACUGGCAUGUGUAUAACUUAAUUAAAUCGGUCCAAACUCAAUGGCCCAUUCGAAAUGGCCUAAUCCAGCUACCGUCAAACUAACGGACGUCUUCCAC